AAAUCUUCAUUCAUCCUGAUGUGUGUAUGUGUGUUUGUGUACAUUCCUGUUUCUAUGUGUGUAUCCACUAAAUGACACUAUGAUUAUCUCCCGGUUAUCUUAUACUCUGUACGUGUGAGUGUGUUUGUGUGUCUCUGUGUGGGCUUCCCUGUUACUCUAUCUGACCUCCAUGUACUGCAGCUGCUGCUGUCAAUCAAACUGAGAGUAAAAUACACAAGAGACCAAUGAGAGGGAGCCCAACACACUCACUUCAACUUCAUCUUAUAAGGAAUUAUCAAACACAACACAAGAGGACAGACAUGGAUCAGAGUGGAACCGGUGACAAGGAAGUAUCGGCAGAUGUCGAGCUGGCCACAGACAUCAUGAAGAGACAUUACCGUCCAUCGCUGAUCAAAACACAAGCGUGGGAAGGUUAUACCUUUGCAGACAUGGAGAUUAAAAUCAUUGAAUCCACAGACUGCUAUGGUGCUGUGCUGUGGCCUUCUGCCAUGGUGUUGUGCCAUUUCUUAGACACUCACCGUGAUGAAUAUAACCUGAUGGAUAAGAACAUCAUUGAACUGGGAGCAGGGACAGGACUCGUUACUAUAGUAACCAGUCUUCUAGGUGCAAAGGUGACAUCCACUGACCUGCCGGAUGUUCUGGGUAACCUGAGGCACAAUGUUAAACGUAACACCGGAGGACGCUGUCGCCACGAGCCGCACGUGAUGGAGCUCAGCUGGGGUCAGCAGCUGGAAGAACGUUUCCCUUCAUCGUCCUGUAAAUAUGAUUACAUCAUGGCUGCAGAUGUGGUUUACUCCCAUCCGUACCUGGAUGAGCUGAUGGAGACCUUCAUACAUCUAUGUUCGGAUAAUACCGUCAUCUUAUGGGCCAUGAGGUUUCGUCUGGAUCCGGAGAACGGCUUUGUGGACAGAUUUGAGAAACACUUUCACCUGCAGGAGCUCUAUGAUCUUCCCAGUCUUAAGAUCAAGUUGUACAGAGCACAGAAAAGACACGGAGACGCCGCGUAGACCAAAUUAAAUCCAAUUACAGUAUUGUCUGAUUGAUAUAUGACUUUAUUGUUUACACCCUAAAGUUUACCAACAAUCAACCCAUUUACUUUCUUCACAUUCCUGGUCUUACAAUUCACAAUACACCAAAAGGGAUCUUUCAUUGAAAUCCAUGAAACUUUCUCUGUCAUUUUUGUGUAAAUCCCAUUUGAUCACAUCUGCAUAAUGGGGUGAUAAUUUUUGUGAUUACUUGUACACAGCAUGUCAUCACAUGUGCUACAUGUGAUCCACUGAUUUCACAUGGGUUUAACACAAAAAAUAUUCCAAAAACACACAUCCCAUACGGCAAAAAAUACAUUUCUUUGACAAAACUAUGUUUUAAAUAUAUGCUAAAUGCAUUUGGUAAAAAAGGUAACCCUAAUAACCAUAUUUUUUAA